AUGAAAGAUAGAGAAACCCUUGUUUAUUGGAUGACAUAUUCAAUGCGUUCCAAUAAUUAUUACUGGGCUUCAAGCGCAUUAUAUCUUCUUGGUACUUUAGAUCAACUAAAUAAAGAUGAUGCAAUAGAUUUUUUGAUGAAGUGCAAAUGUGCAAACGGUGCCUUUGGUGGUAAUAUCGGUUCAGAGCCAAAUAUACAUAAUACACUUUCAGUCAUACAAACUUUAAUCCUUUACGAUCGAUUUGACCUGAUUGAUCAAGAACCUAUAGUUAAAUGGAUUCAGAGUUUACAAAAGUCCGAUGGAUCUUUUACAAAUGGGCAAUGGAAUGAAGUAGAUACGAAAUUUACAUUUUGUGCGCUUGCAAUAUUAAAGCUUUUUAAUAAAUUAGAUGCAAUCAAUUUGGAUUCAGCAGUUAACUGGCUAAUUUCAUGCCAAAAUUCCGAUGGUGGUUUCGGAUGUUUUCCGCACUGCGAAUCACAUUGUGGCCAAGUAUUUACAUCAUUAGCAGCACUUUCAAUAGCAAAUGCACUAGAAAAAGUAGAUUGUACGGCUCUAAGAUUAUUUUUAACAGAGAGACAAACAAAAGAUGGUGGAUUUAAUGGCAGACCUGAGAAAGAAUCCGAUGUUUGUUAUUCAUGGUGGGCUGGCGCACCAUUAUCAAUAUUAGGUGAAAAAGAUAGUAUCAAUGCCGAAUUUCUGAAAGAUUUUAUACUCUCAGCGCAAGAUCCUGAUACUGGUGGUAUCGCUGAUCGUCCUGGCAAUCAUGCCGAUCCUUAUCAUACAUUUUUUGGUUGUGCUGGAUUAUCACUGUUUGGAUUCUUCGACCUCCCUAAAAUUGACCCUGUUCUAGCCUUACCUGUUGAAGUUUUGAAGCGCCAUUUCAGAUCAUUAGGGGCAGAAUAUAACAAGUAA